UAUAUAUAUAUUCAAAGUGCAGGGGCGUCUUUUUUCCCGUUUUGUUUUUUUGUUUUGUUUUUGCUUUUAGGGUGGAUGUUGCUUGUUCCAACGGCAGCUAGUCUCUCCUGUUGCUGCUGGAGAGAGAGAUUUCAUCUUCCAUGCGUAAGGGCGCCGACGGGAUAUCGGACUACUCAUGUUUCUUUUUAAAGGAUUAGCCCCAUUGCUGGUAAAGGAGAUAAUUGAGUGAUUGGAUUUUUUUACCCCCCCUCCCCCCAAAACAAAGACUCCACACCGAACUCGUCGAUUAAGGCACGCCUGAAACGAAGAAGUAAGAGUAAGCCAACUUCUUGAAUUCCCGAACUUUGGAGGGGUUGAACAGCCAGCUGGGAAGUGAAGCCAGUUCCUGCGGUCGAAGUUGUGAAGGAUCCUCCCCUCCUCCGUCCCAAGAUUGCUUCGCGGCCGACCGAAGAAAGAAGACGACGCUGUUGGGCGCCGUCAAGCUCUCUCUGUCUUCGGUGGAAGAGAAUACACCGGAGUAGCGUUUCGCCUUGCAACCCUAGCAAAGAAUUACCAUCCAGCCCUUGGCGAGCGAUUAACGAGAGAGCCGGUUUGGCGAGCGAUCCGCCUCUUUCACCUCCUCCACCCGAGAGCAGACUGCGGGAAGAGCGAAGCCAGCCUUGUGCCGCCGCUGGCCCUCUCGGGGGUCUGGGCUGGGCGCCGCCGAUGCUUUGAGACUCAAGUGCCUGUGGGCUGUGAAGAGCCGCUUCCCGCCGCUUGCUGCCAGCCCGCCGCGCUCGUUCUUUUCCUUGCCGCUGCCUCGGAUCAUGGAUCGAGGACCGAGAGCAACGAGGCCGGCCCCUGCUUCCUCGGGCCUGGUCGUCUUCCUGGGCUUCCUAUGCGGGAUUCCCUGGGGCUCUGGCGCCCAAUCUUACCAUGGGGAGAAAGGAAUUUCUGUCCCGGACCACGGCUUCUGUCAGCCCAUUUCGAUUCCUCUCUGCACGGACAUCGCCUAUAACCAGACCAUCCUGCCCAACCUCCUGGGGCACACCAACCAAGAAGACGCCGGGUUGGAAGUCCAUCAGUUCUACCCGCUGGUGAAAGUGCAGUGCUCGCCGGAGCUGCGCUUCUUCCUUUGCUCCAUGUACGCGCCCGUCUGCACCGUCUUGGAACAGGCCAUCCCGCCCUGCCGAUCCCUGUGCGAGCGGGCUCGCCAGGGCUGCGAGGCCCUGAUGAACAAGUUUGGCUUCCAGUGGCCCGAGCGGCUCCGCUGCGAAAACUUCCCCAUGCACGGCGCAGGUGAGAUCUGCGUGGGGCAGAAUACUUCGGACACUUCGGGAGCGGGAGGAGGGCCCCCCGAAAGUGCCACCGCUUAUCCCACCCCGUAUCUGCCCCAUCCCACAGCUCACCCCCUGCUCCCCACCAAUUCUGGCUUCUCCUGCCCACGGCAGCUCAAAGUACCCCCCUACCUGGGCUACCGCUUUUUGGGUGAGAGGGACUGUGGUGCCCCUUGUCAACCAGAACGCCCCAAUGGACUGAUGUACUUCAAGGAGGCUGAGGUUCGCUUUGCCCGUCUACUGGUAGGCAUCUGGUCAAUCCUAUGUUGUGCCUCCACCCUCUUCACUGUCCUGACCUAUCUGGUGGACAUGAGACGCUUCAGCUACCCUGAGCGACCCAUCAUCUUCCUCUCUGGCUGCUAUUUCAUGGUGGCAGUGGCCUAUGUGGCUGGCUUCCUGCUGGAAGACAAAGUGGUGUGUGUGGAAGGUUUCUCAGAAGAUGGCUACCGCACUGUGGUGCAGGGCACCAAGAAAGAAGGGUGCACCAUCCUUUUCAUGAUCCUCUACUUCUUUGGCAUGGCCAGUUCCAUCUGGUGGGUGAUCCUCUCCCUCACCUGGUUCCUUGCUGCUGGCAUGAAGUGGGGCCAUGAGGCCAUUGAGGCCAAUUCCCAGUACUUUCACCUGGCUGCCUGGGCCGUGCCUGCCAUCAAGACCAUCACCAUCUUAGCCAUGGGACAGGUGGAUGGGGACGUGCUCAGUGGAGUCUGUUAUGUGGGCAUCUACAGUGUAGACGCAUUGCGGGGCUUUGUCUUGGCCCCACUCUUUGUCUACCUCUUCAUUGGCACCUCCUUCCUGCUGGCUGGCUUUGUGUCCCUCUUCCGUAUACGGACCAUCAUGAAACAUGAUGGCACCAAAACCGAAAAGUUGGAGAAGCUCAUGGUGAGGAUUGGCAUUUUUAGUGUCCUCUACACAGUGCCUGCCACUAUUGUGUUGGCUUGCUACUUCUAUGAGCAGGCCUUCCGGGACAUGUGGGAGAAAACCUGGCUCCUGCAGAACUGCAAAAGCUAUGCCAUUGCUUGCCCCACCAAUGUUGCCCCAAUGAGCCCCGACUUCACUGUCUUUUUGAUCAAGUAUCUCAUGACCAUGAUUGUGGGUAUCACAACUGGCUUCUGGAUUUGGACUGGCAAAACACUCCAAUCUUGGAGGCGCUUUUACCACAGACUCAGCACUGGAAGCAAAGGAGAGACUGCUGUAUGAGGGUCCCUUGGCUUCUUCUCCCCUUGCGUUGCAAGGAACAAGGGCUUGGACCAUUAUUCCUUCAGACUACCUUUGCUUCUCACCAAGAGACCCUCCAUCUCUAGACUGUGCUUCAGAAUAAAUAUUCUCUGAGAAUUUGCUUAUUCCCUCAUCAUGGCCUUCUCACUUUCCAAAUGGUUCUGCAGUAUCUGUUUAGAGUAUGUGGCAUAGUGCCAAGAAUGGAAGUUUGGGACAAAAAGAGGGAAAAAAAACAAGCUAUCUUUUUUACUGCGUGACAGGGUGCCAAAUCAGACCCCUCCCCCAAAUCAGCAUCUUAGUUUACAGUCUUUCUAAAGUUACCCAGGAAGCUCUGAGAAGGGAGAAAGUGUGUGUUUGUGUAUGCGCACACGUGUUCAUGUUCACUCCUUUUAAAAAAGGAAAUUGCCAAAUAAGUCUUAAUGGGGGUUCCUCCAUAUUGUAGCAGUGCAGUCCACUGCAAACUUACUUGGAAGUUUAAACUCCACCGGAUUCAAUGGGACCGACUCCUAAGUAAAGGCAUAAUGGUUUCCAGCGAUGCAAACUUGCCUUGGGAGCAAGUUACCUCACACUUAGUUGAGCUUAACUUCUGAAUCCGCAGCGCAUGGGUUUGGUCAGGCUGUAAGGAAAAUUCUGCAUUCCAGUUUUCAAAGUUUUCUUCCUGGCUGAUUUGGGUUUUGGCAAAAGAGUCUUGCUGAGGUUUUAGGGAGGAGCAAGGGUGGGGGAGGAAAGAAAAGGGUCUGAAAAAGAAGUGACAUGUUGAUUUUUGAUAGAAUGGCUUUAACUCUCUUGUCUUUUGUUAGAGGAGACAAAAGAGAAACAAAAGUGGGUUUCUCUGCAGCAAACCAUAAGCAGGGGUUUGGUUUUUAUGGCGAAACUAACAAAGAAUUUGUUGAGGUUCAGCUAGAGCUGUGAGUAAUGCAGCUCUUUAUUUUCUUUUUAUGAACACAAGGGAAAGGGUUUUCAGGAAACCCUGUGUAACUGGAGAAAAGCUGAGGUUGUCUCUCCCCCCCCCCUUUUAUUUAGAACAACAAAACAGCCAAUAAUCAAACAAGCCUUUUAAAGCAUCUAUGAGGUUUUAUAUUCACAAGGUUAGAGUUGGUUUCCCUGGCUGAUCAUGUGUAUCGCUCUUUGAUUUAUAAAUGGGGCCGAGGGAAAACCUAGAAUCUGAGAAAGAGGAGGAAAAGAUAUUUUGCAGUCCUGGUUGAAUCAGGGAGGCACCUCAAUAUGCUCUUAGAUUCCCUUGAAACCAAUAGAUUCUUAAUUGUGGCCUUCAUUGGGAAUCAGUUUCUUGCAGAUAUUUACAUGAACUUGAAGUACUACUACUUCAGGGAGUUUAUUCAUUAGUGGGGGCAUUUAGGAAUACAGCCUUAAUUCUACAACAAAAGAUUGCCUUGAUUAAGGCUAUGUUGAUGUACCUGGGAAAGACCCCAUUCUAUCCUGCAUCCAGUUUAGAUUCAAGGAUUUAGACUCCCCUGGUCGCACACAAUCACUCUGUUGAAAGUGCUACAGUCUUAGGAACUCCUAUCUAGAAAAGGUCCUGUGGAAUUCUGUAGAAUCUGGUUCCUGAUAAGGAAAGGUUUUUUCAGCUUAAGGAAAUGCUGGAAUUGAUGUGUCUUAUUCAUAAACUGUGUUUUCUUUCAAGAUUCCCUGCAUUCCUUUCUUGAAUGAUCAGCAUAUUAAAUAUGUCUGAAGUUAAAGUUUUACAUCAUUAUAUGUAUCAUUUCAUCAAAGAGUCCACUGAUGGAAAUAAAUUGAUUUCAGAAGCCUUUCUGAAAUGCUACAUUUCACUAGCUAGCUUGCUGGAAACAUAAGGGGGUUCUAUUUAAUUUUAUCCAUUAGAUUAAUUUGAGAACUGGGGGCUUUUAACAAGCCAUACUUGGAUUUCCCCUUCCUUCUCCAGAAUGCACCAAUAUCUUUUUUAAUGAAUGGAUACCUUUACAAAAUAUUACCACUAUUAAAAAACGAAGAAUUGAAAAGGAAGGGAGAAAAGAAUUUCUAGUAUAAUACUGGGGAAUAAACAGCAAGAAAAAUGUUCCACUGAUUCAUUUGUAAUAUCUGAUUUUCCUGUUUCUGAUACUUUGGUUUCUUUGGGAAUUUUUAAAAUGAGCAUAAGACAAGCUAAAAAUGCAUAAUGUACAUUUUGUAAAUCUGACAUUUCGUAAGAAAAUAUAUAUGUAUUUAUGUUUUUACUUAACUUUUUUGUUUUCAAAAUUUCUCUGUAAGACGCAUUUCUUGUA